AAUUUUCAAAUUUAACGAACAUAAAAAGAUGUAACCUAUUGUUUAUAAGUUUGUAUAUUUUACAUAUGAUAUAUGAUGCUUUGAUGCUUUCUUAUAAAGAAUUGUAUGCUUCAUAUUAGUUUCAUCAGAUUUUGGUUUUUAUAUAAUAAAUAUGGAUCCACCUUCAAAUAAAAGAAGGAAAAGUACAGCUCCAAAUAAUUCAAUGGAAGAAGACGAUGAUGUAAAUAUUUCAGAUGAUGAAGGCACAAGAAUAGAUGGAAUUUACAUUCCACCCCCUACAAAACCAGUCUGUUCCUUUGAUCCUAAUGGGCCUCGCUUAAUUAUAAAAAAAAUUGUAAAUAAUUAUUUUAAAAGUUAUGCAGAUGAACAAACACUAGGUCCAUUCCAUAAAUGUUUCAAUGCAAUUGUUGGACCCAAUGGUAGUGGUAAAAGCAAUGUUAUUGACUCCAUGUUAUUUGUGUUUGGCUAUAGAGCUACAAAGAUUCGCUGCAAAAAAGUAUCAGUUUUACUUCAUAAUUCUGAAAAUCAUCCAAAUGUUCAGUCUGCCACAGUUGAAGUGCAUUUUGCUCAAAUUAUUGACAAGGAGGGUGACGAAUAUGAUAUAGUUCCUGGGAGCGAAUUUGUGGUUUCUAGAACUGCUAUGAAAGAUAAUUCUUCUUAUUAUACAUUAAAUGGAUCUAGGGUACACUUCAAAGAAGUUGCAAUAUUGUUGAAAAAACAUGGAAUUGAUUUAGAUCAUAAUAGAUUCCUCAUUCUACAGGGUGAAGUAGAACAAAUUGCAAUGAUGAAAUGUAAGGCUGAUAAUCCAAGUGAACCUGGUAUGUUAGAAUACUUAGAAGAUAUUAUUGGAACAUCUAGAUAUAUUAAGCCUCUACAACAGUUGAAUGAAAGAGUAGAAACAUUAACUGAUGCUAGAUCAGAAAAAGUUAAUAGAUUGAAACUAGUUCAAAAAGAAAUGGAAGAAUUACAAGGACCAAUGGAAGCAGCCGUUGAUUAUUUGAAAACAGAAAAUAUUGUGACUUCAUGCAAGAAUGUUUUAUACCAAAAAAAUAUAUUCGAUAUGGAAAAUGAACUGAAAGGAUCAGAGGAAGACAAAACUGAAGUUCAAACUGCCAAGGAUGAACUUUCUGAGAGAAUUGAAAAUACAAAAAAGCUCAAAAAAGAAAAGGAAGAAAAGUUGAAUAAACAGUCAGAAAAGUAUCAAUCACUUCAAAAAAAGAAAAACAUGUUGAAAGACGCUUUUGAGAAAGCUAAUAACAGAGAUGUUGAGUUGCAAGCUGAGAUGGUGCAAGUGAAUAAAAACCGCAAAAAAACAGCGGAACUGUUAGCUGAGGAAAGAAAAAAGUUACUACAAUAUGAAAAAACACCAGAAGAAAGUGAAAGGGAUAUAGAAGCUUGUUUGAAAAAAGAGGAAGAAUUAAUGCGCAAGAAAAGUGUACUAGAUGCAGAAAAAACAAAGCUAUUGAAUAGCAUUAAAACAGAAACAAAACCCUUGCAAGAAAAAAAAGAACUUCUAGAAAAUGAAUUGUUAGAAUUGAAGAGGAAUGUAGAUGAAACCAAGUCAGCGUAUGCCAUAGCUGAAUCGGAACUGAAACUUUGUAUGACCAAUGAGGAGAAUGAGAAAAAUAAAUACGAAUCCUUGAAAUCAAGUUAUGAAAAUGCCGAUUCCCUCAUUAAACAAAGACAUAAGGACCUUGUUGCCCUCAAAACUAAAAUUCCCUUGACAGAAAAAUCUCUGAAGGAGGCUACAUCUGAAUUGAAUCUAGUUAUUGCGGAGGAAUCAAAGAUCAGAAUUGAAAUAAAUAAAAAACGAGCCCAUUUAGAAGAAUCCCGGUCUUCUAUGCAAGCAUCUAAAUCAAAGACCAGAGUUUUAGAUUCUUUGAUGAAACAAAAGGCAGAAGGGAAUUGUCCUGGAUUAUUUGGAAGAUUGGGUGAUCUUGGAGCUAUUGAUCAAAAAUACGAUGUUGCCAUUUCAACAGCUUGUGGUCCAUUAGAUAAUAUAGUUGUAGAUACUGUUUCAACUGCACAAUGGUGUAUAGAGUUUUUAAAACAAUAUGAUAUUGGUAGGGCAACUUUCAUAGCUCUUGAAAAGCAGGAACAUUUACGUCAAUAUGCUACUUCUAGAAUUCAAACACCUGAAAAUGUUCCACGUUUGUAUGACCUUGUUCGAGUUCAGGAUGAUCGAGUCAGGACAGCAUUUUAUUAUUCUUUGAGAGAUACUUUAGUAGCUAAUGAUUUAGAUCAAGCAUCAAGAAUUGCAUAUGGGUCCAAAAGAUAUAGAGUUGUCACUUUGAAAGGAGAUCUUAUAGAAACUACUGGUACCAUGAGUGGUGGAGGUAGGACAGUACUAAGAGGUAGGAUGGGUCAAUCUGUUGCUGUAUCUACAACUAGCCAAACGGAUCUGGAUGAAGUGGAAAGGGAAUUAAAAGCAGCUGAAGAUCGUUUUAGAUACCUCAGAGAACGUCAAGCUGCUUUAGAUAAUCAAAUUAAUGCUUUGGAACCUGAACUAAAACAAAUGAAGAUGGACUAUGAGAAAUUCAGUUUAGAAGUCAAAUCACUUACCCAACAAUUGCCUCUUCUGCUCAAACAGCUCAAAACUCAAGAAGCUAAAGCUCUAGCCACAAAAUCUGACGAAGCUCAGGUUAAAAAAUUAACUGGAAUAAUAAAAGCAAGAAAGAUAGAAUAUGACGCAGCUGUUGAAGUGGCUGGAAAGCUGCAAGUACAAGUUGAUAAACUGACUAGCGAGAUAAAAGACAAGACCAUUGGAAAAAUGAAGAAAAUGGAUAAAUCCAUUAAUGAAGUUGUAGACUCAAUAAAUAAGCUUAAAGUAGAAGUUAAUAAACUAAAAGUGGCAAUCAAAACUGCUGAAAGAAAUGCAAAAAAAUCAACAGAAAAAAUUUCUAUUAUGGAACAAGAUAUUUCAAACUGUGAAAACAGACUUAAAGAAAUGAAAGUGCUAAGGGAAGAAAUCGAAGUUGAUGGUGCAAAAUUACUCAAGUGUUUAGAAGAAGUAGAAACAGAACUUAAUAGUGGAGAUGAUGAAUUUGGAGGAUUGAAGGAUGAAGUUGAUAAGCUAAAGACAAUAUUGAAUAAAUUGAAAUCUGAAGAAGUGGAUGUUGAUCAGAGGUUGAAGACAAUAAAUGAAAAAAUAUAUGCUAUUAAUGGAACAAUGCACCAGUGGCAUGUUAAGGUUUCCCAAUUGAAACUUCAAGAAAUACCAGAAAUAGCUUUGGAAGAACUGAAAAAAUAUACUAAAGAAGAACUAGAUGAAAAAAAUAUGGAAACAAUUGAGAGAGAACUCAGAUUAGCUGAGAAUAAACUGAAAUCUGAAAAACCUAAUCUUGGAGUUAUUCAGGAAUAUAGAAAGAUGCAGGACAGAUAUAUGGAAAGAGCCAAAGAACUAGAUGAAAUUUCACAGAAACGGCAAGAGAUGAAAAAUGUAUUUGAUAAUCUGAGAGAGCAAAGGAAAAAAGAAUUUUUAACAGGAUUCAAAACUAUUCGCAUGAAGCUCAAGGAGAUGUAUCAAAUGAUCACUCUUGGAGGAGAUGCAGAUUUUGAAUUGGUUGACACAUUUGAUCCGUUCACUGAAGGAAUACAGUUCAAUGUAAGGCCACCAAAAAAGUCGUGGAAAAAAAUUUCAAAUUUAUCAGGUGGGGAGAAAACAUUGUCAUCUUUGGCUCUUGUAUUUGCUCUUCAUUAUUAUAAGCCAUCUCCGUUAUAUGUCAUGGAUGAAAUUGAUGCCGCCUUAGAUUUCAAGAAUGUUUCUAUUGUGGGGCAUUACAUCAAGGAUCGUACUAAGAAUGCUCAAUUCAUAAUCAUUUCCUUGAGAUCUCAAAUGUUUGAGCUAUGUGAUCAUUUGGUUGGUAUUUAUAAAACAUACAAUUGUACAAAGAGUAUUGCAAUUGACCCUAGAAUUUAUGACAAAGAAGAAGAAGAUCAGGUUGUUCCAACUCAGUCAACACAACAACGAAUACAACCUAGUCAGGAAAAAAUGAUUUCCUCUGAAAAUGGUAUGAAUGUUAAUACACAGAAUGAAGCACAACAACCAACACAAGAAUCUGAUCUUUCUAUUGAAGAUGAGCGAAUGGAUACAAGUAUAGGCUCUGAAAAUUCUGGUACAUCUCAAAGAAUAAUAGACGAUUCUUUUGAAACUAUGGAUAAUGAAUGAUCUUAAUAUUUUUGGUUUUAUUAAAUUUUUAUUUUUAAGAA